CUACCGGCUACUUCAUUUGUGGGAUCCUUUCCGAAAAAGAAAUACUAAUCUCUUGUUGUGUUUCAUUUUUAAAUUUAUGAGUCGGUUAUUGAUUCUAUUUGCUAUGUUUUCAGUAGAUUGAAGGAGGCAGCAUUAUCUUUCUUCUUUCCUUUUGAGAGGGGCCGUGGAUUUGUGAGGGAAAAGUGUUUCUGUUUCUGUAUUUGAUUUGGGUCUCUGGAAAUGGAUUUGAAAUCUCCAUUGUUGCCAAAUGAAGGUCCGAAAAGUUACAGGAAACGGAGUUCGGUUGCUUCAAUCAAACGUGAUUUCUUCUCUAAAUUGCCGGAAAAGGUUCGGUCCGGCCUUGAUCCUGAGACCCCCUUCCAAAUUGACCUUUCUAAAAUCACUGGCUUAAUCGAAGGGGAGAAAGAAUACUAUGAGAGGCAAUUAGCCACCUUGAAAUCAUUCGAAGAAGUUGACUCUAUAGAUGCAUCUCAUGUCAUCGAUGAAAAGCAAGAUAGAGAAGAACAAAUGCAGCAUGAAAGAGCAAUGAACAUUUCCAAUGUGGCAAAUGUCCUCUUACUUGUAUUCAAGAUAUAUGCUACUGUAAGAAGUGGAUCAUUGGCCAUAGCUGCAUCAACACUAGACUCUCUGCUUGAUCUUAUGGCUGGCGGAAUUCUUUGGUUCACUCACUUGUCAAUGACAAACAUAAACAUCUAUAAGUACCCCAUUGGCAAAUUGAGAGUCCAACCAGUUGGUAUUAUUAUCUUUGCUGCUGUCAUGGCUACUCUAGGAUUUCAAGUGCUGAUUCAGGCAGUAGAAAAACUGAUAGAAGACGAACCAUCUGAAAAAAUGAAUUUGGGGCAAUUGAUUUGGUUGUACACAAUUAUGCUAACAGCAACUGGAAUCAAACUGGUACUUUGGAUUUACUGCAGAAGCUCUGGCAACAAAAUUGUCCGUGCCUACGCCAAGGAUCAUUACUUCGAUGUGGUAACGAAUUUGGUUGGAUUGAUUGCUGCUGUUCUUGGUGACAAGUUCUAUUGGUGGAUUGAUCCAGUUGGUGCUAUUAUUCUUGCAGUUUAUACUAUCGCAAAUUGGUCUGGAACUGUGCUAGAAAAUGCAGUGUCCCUGGUUGGACAAUCAGCUCCACCAGAAGUUUUGCAGAAGCUAACCUAUUUGGUCUUGAGGCACCAUCCUCAAAUCAAACGGGUCGACACUGUACGCGCUUACACCUUUGGUGUUCUCUAUUUCGUCGAGGUUGACAUAGAGUUGCCGGAAGAUCUGCCUCUGAAAGAAGCACACGCGAUCGGAGAGUCGCUGCAGAUAAAGAUAGAAGAACUGGCAGAAGUAGAGAGGGCAUUUGUUCACCUUGAUUACGAGUGUGACCACAAGCCAGAGCACUCCGUUCUCAGCAGACUCCCCAACUCCCAGCCUUAAGAACUACUACUAACAGCUUUCUCUAUAACUAAUAGCUUUCCUCCUACGUUUUCCAGCUCCUUAUUUUUUGUUGUUAAACUGAAACCAUAAACAUUGUCAGUAUCGUAUGAAAUGGUGGAUUCAAGAGAUGGCCCCCAUUGUUUGUAGUAGCUAGAUUGAAGAUUCUGAGAUGCAUGCACUUGCAGAGGGAGAGGUCUCUCGUAGAGGGAGACUAGAAGAAUGUUGCAAUUUGAAUUCAUACAUGCACUAUGUAUAAUUUGCUAGAAUUUGUG